GCAGCAAGUGAAAGUGAAAGUGUCUGUGUUUCUGCAGCUGCACUGUCUGAACCAGGACAGUACCGAGAACCCGGGCUUUAUAACACGGGGUAAACAAACCCAAACACCGGCGAAACAAUGGUACCGUUACUGGGCCCUCUCUCUGAUUUUUUAAGAAGAGAGUGGUUCAGGUUGCGGUACACCUUCGUGUACUUUGAGAAGAGCUCUACUGUGAGAGGAGUCCGCGCUGAGAUCAUUAAAGGCCUAAAGAAUCGCCUGAGCAUAAAGGAGUCUGAAGAUGAGGAGGAGUGUGAUGUGAGAAUGUACUUCUGCCCCAUUGUUUCCCGCGCGGGAACCGAUAUCAGCGCUGUUCUCUCCAGGGUUAGGGAUGACAAACCCGCCAUCGUGAUAGUGCUGCAGCAUACCUUCGACGAGCAAGCAGUUGUACCAAGUUGCAGAGAAUAUGAGAGGGAGAAGCUUGUUCUUGUGACCUUCCUUUUCUCUGAGGACAAGGGGCUUCUGGUCUGUCAGAAGAAUAACGAAGACUUUCUAAAAGCAACACAUUUUUUAAAUAGGUGGGCCCCCAAAAGGAUAAACAAACAGGAAAAGGGCAGAUUUGGAAAAAUCAUCUUGUAUAUGUUGAAGGCCAUUUCCUAUGGAUGCAUUUUGUGGGGAUUGUAUCGUUGUAUUAUGUACUAUUGCCAAAGGUAUUGGAGUGUGUUUAACAUUGGGUGGUACGCUUUUCCUGACUAUUGGUUUAGGCCUAAUUUCCAGUCUUGUUUGAAACAACCACUGUAUAUAUAUUUUCCUGUUUAAUGCAUGGUAAACAUACAAUGUCCUGCACAUUCUAACCCUUGUAAUAAGCAACAAAUAACAGCAUAAUUCCAAAUAUUAAAUACUGCUCUUCACUUAGUAAAGCUAAUACUGUGUGUAUAAGGACUAAUAUCGUCACAACAUUAAGUAAAGUCAUGUCACUUGAAUGUGUGUUAAAGCAUAGUCUUCAUGUCCUCAGUCUUUUUUUAUAAAAAUUUAAACACAGAAGUAAAUAAAAAGAUUUGAUAAUGAGUAAAUGUACUGACAUUUUAAGGACUUAUAAAAUAGGUAAAAUUUACAAAAGACAUUCCUAAAAUGCAGUAUAGUGUUUUUAUUAAUGAUAUGAUUUAUUAAGGAAUGAAGGAAAAGCAUAAUAAAUUGUCAAGCUUACCAUACAAUUAUAAUUUUAAGUGUGUUUAAAAUAUGUGUUUUAAUUGCUUUUGUUGAUUACUGGUUCAUGUACCAGGUUUACUUUUUUUUUUGGAUGUUCAGAAAUAAAUUGGCAGACUGGGGAAAAAAAUUUAUGUAUUGUCAAUGUUCAGGAUUGCUUCCAUGCCACUAGAUGUCACUGAACUGAACUGAACUGUACUGAACUAUCAUGAACUAUCAUGACCAGAGCUAUCUCUGACCUUCAGUGGAAUCUUGCCUGUUAUAUAAAGCAAAAAGUUAAUUUUACUGUCUAAUCAUAAUCAGUUCACAUAAUUUACCUUAAUUAAGGUCCUAGUUGAAGUUGUUUUAGAUUUGAUUCACAAUACUGAGUUCUAAAUGGAUGUUUAACAAUGUUAUCACAAUGACAUGUAAAUGACAUUAAAUUUGUAUAAAUAAAAAAGAUAAUGUAUAUUGUUACAUAAUUAGUAAUAAGACUAUAGGUAGUUGGAUAAAACUGUUAAAUGGGUUGGUUAUUUGUUUUAAGGAAAUUCACUGGUGUUGCAUUAGAUAUUAGAAUUAAUGGAAUGCUCAUCAUUUACUAUGCGUUUUCGCAGCAACAAAAACACAUUGUCAUUUGUUUUUUUUAGUGUGUGGAUAUUUUGUUGUGUACACUGGGAUGUUUUGAUAUGCUCUUAAAAAUACCAAAUAACACUAUCAAUAAAAAAAUAACAGUAAAACCAUAUAAGAAUGUUAGGAUUGUCAGCCCAAAUCCCAAUUUUGACAUAUGUAGAUUGUAUCCAGAUUGGUUUUUGGUAGUCCUAACAGCCAGAAACCACAUGCAAUCCAGAGUCUAUGCUAGUAGUUGCUUCCUCUACCAUUUUGCCACUGUAAAUAAAGGAACACAAUCUGUUUCUGUAAAAGA